AUGUCGUCUUCUUCUUCGUCUUCUCCGAAGAAACAAACCCUCUUCAUAUCAUCCCUUAUCAUCCUCUGGUACACCUCCAACAUCGGCGUUCUUCUCCUCAACAAAUUCCUCCUCUCCAAUUACGGUUUCAAAUUCCCGAUUUUCCUCACAAUGUGUCACAUGUCCGCGUGCGCCAUCCUCAGCUACGUCUCCAUCGUCUUCCUCAAGCUCGUCCCUCUCCAAUACAUCAAGUCUCGUUCUCAGUUCAUGAAAGUCGCGACUCUCAGCAUCGUCUUCUGUGCAUCCGUCGUCGGCGGCAACGUCUCCCUCCGUUAUCUCCCCGUCUCGUUCAAUCAAGCCGUUGGUGCCACGACGCCGUUUUUCACCGCAGUCUUCGCUUAUCUCAUGACCUUCAAGAGAGAAGCUUGGGUCACUUAUGGUGCUCUCGUCCCCGUCGUUACCGGUGUCGUAAUCGCCAGUGGGGGUGAGCCAGGUUUUCACUGGUUCGGAUUCAUUAUGUGCAUUAGUGCGACUGCAGCAAGAGCUUUUAAAUCUGUUCUUCAAGGCAUCUUGCUUUCUUCCGAAGGAGAAAAGUUGAAUUCCAUGAAUUUGAUGCUCUACAUGUCUCCGAUAGCAGUUCUAGCUCUUCUUCCCGUCACAAUUGUUAUGGAACCAGAUGUGAUGAGUGUGACUCUGUCGCUCGGAAGACAACAUAAGUACAUGUGGUUACUUCUCCUGCUUAACUCUGUAAUGGCUUAUUCUGCCAACUUGUUAAACUUUCUCGUUACCAAGCACACCAGCGCGCUUACCCUCCAGGUUCUUGGAAACGCUAAAGGUGCGGUUGCGGUUGUGAUCUCGAUUCUGCUUUUCCGAAACCCAGUCACGGUUAUGGGAAUUGGAGGUUACAGUAUAACGGUGCUCGGGGUUGUUGCUUAUGGAGAGACUAAACGCAGGUUUAGAUGA